CAAGAGAGGCACGGUGUUUGUACCUUGUGAGUCAGCUGUUUGACAGGUACUCAUUCACUCCGUUUCAAAAGCCUUCUCUUUUUCAGUCUUUAAGGAGGAAAGGGUCGCGUUUAUCCGGAAAUUUUGGUAACACCUGUUGUGUCUUGCCAUCAACAUAUGUGUGACUGAGAACCUCAUGAUUGUCUCACGAGGGGCGGUGUUAAGGGCAGGUGGACGACAGUUGUCUAGAGUGCUCGGUGGAGCAAGACCAACGGAACACAUUACCGAACCAAGCAAAGGCUCUGCCAUUCGGCACAAAUCUUCUGGACCAUCUGACUCAGGUUUUUGCCAGUUUACUGCAGGAAUCAUGCCAGAAACUGUGCCUAUGUAUCCAACUUUGGAGAAACUGGGCCUGCUGAACGCUGCCCACGUGCGGAUAAAGGACCUGGCACGCGUAGAGGAACUGGUCUCCUCUCUAGUGUCAAGUGGAUUCUCGAAGCUUCAGAUUAUUGCAGAUUAUGACAUGACAAUAACAAGGUUUCAUGUGAAUGGACAGAGGGCAGAGUCCAGCUUUGGCAUUAUGGACAACAGCAGUCUUAUGCCAGCCUUUUACCGUGAAGAGGCUAAUAAGCUCCUGGCCAAGUAUUACCCCAUUGAGAUCGACCCAAAGAUGUCGGAGGAAGAGAAGAUUCCGUACAUGAUCGAAUGGUACAAUCAGAUCCAUGAGCUAAUCAUUAAAUGCAAGGUCAGCCAGAAGUCUCUUGAAGAGAUGGUCAGCAGUAGUAAUGCCAGAUUAAGAGAUGGAACUCGGGAUCUGUGCAAAAAGCUUCAUGAGUAUGGUGUUCCAGUGCUAGUUUUCUCAGCUGGAAUGGGGGACAUAUUGGAACAAGUAUUGCGUCAUUUUGAUGUUUAUACGGACAACCUUAAAGUGGUGUCAAAUUUCUUCAAGUAUGAUGAGGAGGGAAUAGUCGUUGGUUUUGAAGGUGACUUGAUCCACAUGUUCAACAAAAAUGAGAACGCCAUCCACUCAUCAGACUAUUUUGACAAAUUGACCGGGCGGAACAAUGUGAUCCUUCUUGGGGACUCUUUAGGGGAUAUUAAGAUGGCCGUUGGAGUUCCGCAGCCAAGUAAUGUAUUGAAGAUUGGCUUUCUGAAUGACAAGGUUGAAGAAAGACUGGAGGCCUACAUGGAUGGGUUUGAUAUUGUAUUAAUUGAUGACCAAACAAUGGAUGUAGUUAACUCUGUAGUGAGGCUUAUGGAAUAGUUCGGCCAGAUUAUUGACUUCAAAGCAUUAAAAUCAGGUUGUCAUAUGUGCAAAAAGCAAUUUGUUAAGUGGUUAUGCAAAUGUCAUUAAUCAAAGGGAAGUUAUGUUUGCACUACUGCUUCUGUACACAAAGCACCAUACUUUCUAUGUGUAUGGAAAAGCAUUUACAAUUUAGGGUGUGGGGAUUUUAGCAUGAGUUUGAAUGAAAGUCUUAGAUGUUUUAGUGCAUUUUUUAACUCGUUAGUUAAUCGUCGUGUUCUUGAAGAGUCUGAAAAAAAAACUUUUAUUUGCUACCAGGUAUGAGUAUGAUUUUUUUUGUACUCGGUUGUCAUGCUUUAACAUGACUGUCAAGAGAAUGUAAUCUUCAAUUGGUGUAUUCCAGUUUGUAAUGCGCAUAAAAUAGCAUGAUUUGGUUUUCAAGGCCAAUGUGUUCAAUAUGUCUGUAAGAAAUAUUCAGGUCGAGAUAUUUCCAUUUCCAAGAUUAACAAUUAUUUCAAUUAUUUAUAAGAAAUUAAUGGCAGUAGAAUCAAAUUAUUUGUUACUUGGUUCUUAAAAAUAUAAUCUGGACCAGUAACAUAUUUGUAAUGGAGUAUUAAAAUAUUACACGAUGUCCAAGUUGUAUUUUUAAAAAAGGCUUAUAUGUUGAUGCAUCUGUUCCUAAAUAAUUUAAAAUUGCCAAAUUACAUAAAGAUAAUCAGUUUUAAAAAAUAGUAAAGAAAAGUUUAACAUGUUGAGGGCAAAUAUACAUGUAAAAUUCACUCUGAUUUUAGUUUAUUAUCAUUAUUUUUUUCCACAUUUGACUCCAGAAGAACUUGGUCAGAGGAGUCAGUCAUUUCAGUAAUUUUUGCUAUUAGUCUUUCAGUAAUAGUUAUAUUUGUAAUCUUAUUUUUGCUUAGUCUUGUUGAUAACAUUACAGUGUACAUAAUGUCUGUAAUAAUAAUAAUAAUAAUAAUAAUAAUAAUAAUAAUAAUAAUAAUGGUAAUGAUAACAACAUCAACAGUAAUAUUUAAAACAAAUUAGGAAAAAAAGCUUUAACUGAAAAUUCAGAGUGAAGUAAUCAGGUAAGGUCUACUAAUUGACUCCUUUGGUGACGAAGUGCUUACGGAACCCCUCUCAAUAAACAAAAUUAAUAAACUAAAAUCAUAGUUAAUGUGACAUGUAUUUUUGCACUCUUAAGUACCAAUAGGUGAAUUUAGGAUCAAUGAAUUACUCUUUAGAUUUGAUAAUGACUAUGUAAUAUGUAUGAAGAAAGAACUGUAUUUAAAGUGUGAGUGAACAAAUCCUCCUGGAAGUAUUCUCUAGACAGAAUAUGCUGGUAGAAAAAAGUAUCUUGUCCACCUCAGUGUAAACCUGAAUGAUGUUACGCAAGUUAUAAAAAAAACAUAUGAUGAUAAAAAUGGGUAUUUCAAAUGCUUACAGAGGAUUCCUUUGUUAAAAUGGUUGUUAAAGGUGGAAGUGAUGUACGUGUUGUCUCUUAUAAAUGAGUUGUAUUAUCUUAAGUGAAUACUUUUAAUUGGAAUUGGAUAUAACAGUAAUUUUAAUUUUUUCUAUCAAUAGUAAAUUCCCGUAAUACUAUAAUACCUUAUUGUAAAAGGAAAUGUUAUAUCUUAUUUAUUUAUAAGUAUUCCAUCAUGUGAAAAUGAGUCAUUUGUUUUCCAGCUGUACAACCACAUCUAGUAAAUCAUUAACUACCCAGACAAUAAAUUUAUGUAGCAGAACUUGCGUUACAAAUAAAAUUUUGGAGAUUACAAACCAGAUCUAAAAUUCCUAGUCAAAAAGUAUUUAACAGGAUGUGCAAUGUAGUAAAUAUUAAACUAAGACAAAGGUUUAGUUUUUACUUGUUGCAGACACUUGUCAUUGAGUUUGGGUGAAGUGCUUGUGACUACCUACAUCUUGGGUGGAAUGGUGGCUAAAAUUAGUCUUUCACUUUAGCAUUGGUAAUGUGUGUAGCAAGUUCAAGUAGACCAACACAAGCAGACCAUAUCCACUGAAUAGAUGGGAAAGUGAAAAUGUGGCUUUCAGUAGAAUACAGUUAUGCUUUUUUUUUUCUUUUUUUUAGUAGAUUAAAGAGUCUGUUUACAAACAAUAACAUGUAUAAAUAGUUUUAUCAUUAUCUUCAGCUUUGACCAUGCCCAUGGUCGGGCAAAAGCACCAGAUAAUGCCAUCUGCCUGAUAGUUUGGCCAUUUACUGCUGGGUAUAGAUAAACAACUCGUCCAGACACCAGCACCCAUGUGUACAACACACAGACUUUGCACAGUAAACCAUCAAAAUCCACUGGGUACUGUUCAGUUAUAUGCAGGUGGCCUUAGGGUUACAUAUGCAAUACCUGCUGAUUAUCAGAAUACAUAAAGUCAGUGUUGUUGAAAAGAAUGCAGUAAUUUUAUGAAAAUUAUAAAGAAAAAGGUUCUGAUUUUAUUUAUGGUAAAAAAUAAUAAUAUAUUACCAAUAAAUUAGCAGGAAUUUAUUUGUAUUACCACCAAAUGAAACUGAAUUUUUUAAUGGAAAUUACAUUGAAUUGUUAAUUCAUCUAGUAAAGUUGAUAAGCAUAUAGCAAUAAAAGUACAGUAUUAGCCAAGGCAUGUUCACUUUACAUAAAUUAGGUACACAUUUGGUAUUUUGGCACUAUUGAAACCUGCCUGCAAUACCAACUAAUUUUGGUGGUUUGUUAAUUUUUAAAACUGAAAUAAGUUUUGCUAUUUACUUUUGAAAUCAGUUGCUGUCUAUCUAAGUCAUUUGCCAAAAAUGGAAAAUUUUAAUCUUUAAUAGUAAAAAAUAUUUUAGUAAUAGCUUCCAACUCACAGUCUGUACAAUGUAGGUUGUUUCUUAUUUCAUUUAAGGAUUAAAAGUAUUUAAAUUGAGAUUUUUUUUUACUGAAUAUCGUUGUAUUUGUGUUAAAGAUAGGAGCUAUAGUUUGGAAAUUGUUAAGUGUUAUCAGGAUGGGAUAUUAUAAAAAUAGAAAAUAAUUUUAACAGUUAAAAACAGAGCACAAGGCAAUGCUCAAAUAGAUGUAGAUAACCUAGUAAGCUUUUUUGUAUUUCUUUGCUUUUUAUACUUCUGAAUUGGCUUGUUGGUGGUUUGAUAAAUUUCAGUGGACAUGGCAGUAAUAAAUGUAAAAGUUACUCUAGUCGGUGGUAAAGUUUGAUACCUUGGUGAAAAGCCAACUUGCAAAUGGUGGACAUAUUGGAGCUCUUGUAUAUUUCAUUAAUACCUAAUGACUAUUUUUCAGAUAUUGUUACCAAUGGCUACCAAAGGAUAUACCUUCCUACAAUACAUUUAGAAAGCCCCCAAAAUAACAAGAAAAAAUCUGCUGCAUCAACUAACUGUUAAUCAACAUAAACUGUAGACUAAUUACUAUUUUUUUUUGCUGAAUGUAGAUCUGAUUUAACACCAGUUGAUUAUGUAAAAAAUACAAAAGGACUGCUUGUAAAUAACAUUAAGUGCUCAUUUGUGCUUGGUUCAAUGUAUUAUUCCUUUUACACAAGGAUUUUUCCACAAUCUUUUGUCAAUCAAUGAAGGUAUGGUUAUUAGUCAUACAACUUCCACUUGACUGUUCAAAGUUGAAAUUUGCUUAUUUUUGUAAUAAACUUUAUUGGAACAAAUACAUAUCAACAUAAACUUUCA